CUAUAUUCCGGACGCGUUGUCCAAAUUCAUCGAGCGCUCAAUCUAUUCGUGAACCAACAAUUCAGAAAUGGCAUCCGAAUUCAUAAAUCAGGUUCAGCAGCUUUUGGAAAGAAUUCCUCCAGUAACAAGAUAUGCAUUAAUUAGCAUGAUUACAUUAACAGUCCUAUGUUUGUGUGAGCUUCUUUCACUGAGUCAAUAUGCAUUAAGCUUCCAUUCUGUUUUUUACAAACGUGAGCUCUAUAGACUCAUCAGUAACUUCCUCUUUGUGGGAACAAAAUUCGAUUUCGUUUUUAAUUUGUAUUCCCUUUAUCAGCAUGGAUCGUUCCUUGAAAACCAUGUUUUUCAAAGAAAUACAAAAAGCUACAUAAUUUAUUUAUUAAAAAUAAUCCUCAUCAUAGACACUUUUAGUUUACUCUCUGGAAUAGGUUCAUUCCUUUUCUCUUCUCUUUCCUGUGCAAUGGCUUAUACAUGGUCAUUGUACAAUGCCUAUCAGACGGUACAAGUGUUUUUCGUAUUUCAGCUUCCAGGAAAGUAUCUUCCCUAUUGCUUACUUGGAAUGAGUCUUAUUUCCGGUGGCCUAGGUGCCUUAAUUGUAUCCGGUUUUGGCAUUUUAGCUGGCCUUAUUGUUUCUAAGUUGGGUUCUCUUCAACCAAACUCGGGGUUUUCUGUUCAUGCACCUAGUAAUCAUAGUACCACCAGUGAGAGAUCUUCGACUGCUUUCAAAGGCCGUGGAAAAAGGCUUGGUGGCUGAAAAUGCACCAUGUCGCUGGAUACGCAAAAUGGUGCAAACGAAGCUAUGUUGCUUUUCAUGCCGAGAUGAAUAAAUCACUUUAUUAAAUCAAGUAUAUUUAAAGGCUUUAUACUGCCGUCUAUAAAUAUCUAUAAAGAAUUCCAUUGCUUUCUAAGGGUUCUGAGACUAUUUAUGAAUCAAACUAAUAAAUUCAGUAAACAACUGAAGUAUAUUAUUUCUUGCA